AUGAACCAGAGCAACCCCGAGUUCAAGCAGAGAUCAGUGGUAUCCUCUUUUGUCUGCUCAGAUGCAGGAGUAACUCAAGUUGCUCUAUUUCGGCGAAGUCAGAAAGUCAGCACAUACCAGCACCACCUCGCUCCCAUCUCCGGCAGUAUAGAGAGUCAUGAAAUACCAGAAACAGCAGCAUGGCGCGAAUUGAAAGAGGAGACUACUCUCACCCCACGAGAUAUUGAUCUUUGGCGAAAGGGAAAACCAUACACCUUCAGUGAGCCUUCUGUCGGUCGGCAGUGGACCGUUUUCCCAUUCCUAUUUCGACUCAAGGACUCUAGUGAAGGUGGUCGCGGGGAGGAGGGUAUCCAAAUUGACUGGGAGCAUGAAAACUGGGAGUGGUACAGUCCCCAUACAAUCCAAGAUGAUGAGAAAUUCGGUGGCGUACCACGUCUGAAAGAAAGCCUGCGACGAGUCUGGUUCGAAAGCGACAUGAACGAGGGCGCUAGCAACGCACUCACAGUGGGUCUGGGUGAACUGAAGGCAGAUCAUCAGAGUGGAUCGCACGAGUUGACCUCGAUUGCGCUGAGGGCCUUCCGGGACGUUAUUGCACAGAUGAAGGAGGACAUUGACUCAAAGUGGUGGGAAACUGCUCGAAUGGCUGCUUGGCAUCUGUGGAAAAAUGGACGAGAAAGCAUGGGCGCUGCCACCUUGAAUGCAUUUCUCGGAUUGCUGGCCGACAUGGAAGAGAUCGUACAUGACACCCUCGACCGCAAUAUCACAUGGGAGCGCUUGUUGGCUUUGCUCGACCACCAUUUGGACAAGCGCAAGGAGAUGCCCAAGCGUAUAAAACGCUCCUUUGCGACCUACCUCGAAUGCAACUUCCUGUCUAAAGCAAUCUCAUCGCCUGCGCCCUCUCUCGUCAUACUCACCUUUUCCGCGAGCUCUACCAUCCGGGAUAGCAUUCUGGAGGCCUUCGCAUCCCUCCCAAUUACUAAUCUAGACCUCAGGAUAUUGGAAUCCCGUCCGCUGUGCGAAGGAGUCAAUAUGGCAUCUUCGAUCCUCUCUGCCUUUCAAUCAAGGUUCCCCCCGUCUUCCGAUCGACAUCUGAAACUCACUGUGUACUCCGAUGCAUCCGCCGCUCUCGCCAGCAAGGACGUGGAUUUCGUCCUGCUUGGAUCAGACCGGAUCUCGGAUUCAGGCUCAGUGAGCAAUAAAACUGGAUCUUUGCCAGCUGUUCUGAGUGCCAGGCAUGUUUGUCCUACCGCCAAAGUUUUGGUUGUCAGUGAGCUGGAGAAGGUGGCUGAGCCUGGUGCUGAGAGCGAUCAUAGCCACGAAGAGAAUGAUCCUAAAGAGCUGGUGGGCUGCUGGGUUGACGGCGGCAUCAAAGGAGUGAAGAUUCUUGCCGAGGGAAUUGAGGCCGAUCGAGACAACACCAACUAUGCAGUCGAAGUUAAGAAUAUCUACUUCGAAUGGGUUCCGGCUGGACUCAUAGAUGCGUAUAUCUGCGAGGAGGGAACUUUAGACGCCAUUGCUAUUCAACAGAAGGCUCAGCAGGUGAAGCAGAAGGCCGACAGAUACUUUAGUCAACUCUAG